UGGAAAUCGGACGCAUCCGGAGGAGGGGCUGGGAGGCGGCCCGGGCACCGCCAAUGGCCGGGCCGGGCGCCGGGGAGGUCGGCGAACGCUGCGGCCCGUUAAAUACCCUGGCAGUCCCGCGCCGCGCACGUACUGGCCCGCGCCGUCCGCCCGCCGACAGCUCCCUGAGCCAGCCCGGGAGGCAGCCGCGCGCAGCGAGCCGGUGGCGCAGGUGUCGGGGUCCCCGAGCGCCCAGCCUGGGAGCAUGAUUGUGGACAAGCUGCUGGACGACAGCCGCGGCGGAGAGGGGCUGCGGGACGCGGCGGGCGGCUGCGGCCUCAUGACCAGCCCGCUCAACCUGAGCUACUUCUACGGCGCGUCGCCGCCCGCCGCCGCCCCGGGCGCCUGCGAAGCCAGCUGCUCGGUCUUGGGCCCCUCGGCGCCCGGCUCGCCCGGCUCCGACUCCUCUGACUUCUCUUCUGCCUCGUCGGUGUCCUCCUGCGGCGCCGUGGAGUCCCGGUCGAGAGGCGGCGCCCGCGCCGAGCGCCAGCCAGUUGAGCCCCAUAUGGGGGUUGGCAGGCAGCAGAGAGGCCCCUUUCAAGGUGUUCGGGUAAAGAACUCAGUGAAGGAACUCCUGUUGCACAUCCGAAGUCAUAAACAGAAGGCUUCUGGCCAAGCUGUGGAUGAUUUUAAGACACAAGGUGUGAACAUAGAACAGUUCAGAGAAUUGAAGAACACAGUAUCAUACAGUGGGAAAAGGAAAGGGCCCGAUUCGUUGUCUGAUGGACCUGCUUGCAAAAGGCCAGCUCUGUUGCAUUCCCAAUUUUUGACACCACCUCAAACACCAACGCCCGGGGAGAGCAUGGAAGAUGUUCAUCUCAAUGAACCCAAACAGGAGAGCAGUGCUGAUCUGCUUCAGAACAUUAUCAACAUUAAGAAUGAAUGCAGCCCCGUUUCCCUGAACACAGUUCAAGUUAGCUGGCUGAACCCCGUGGUGGUCCCUCAGAGCUCCCCCGCAGAGCAGUGUCAGGACUUCCAUGGAGGGCAGGUCUUUUCUCCACCUCAGAAAUGCCAACCAUUCCAAGUCAGGGGCUCCCAACAAAUGAUAGACCAGGCUUCCCUGUACCAGUAUUCUCCACAGAACCAGCAUGUAGAGCAGCAGCCACACUACACCCACAAACCAACUCUGGAAUACAGUCCUUUUCCCAUACCUCCCCAGUCCCCCACUUAUGAACCAAACCUCUUUGAUGGUCCAGAAUCACAGUUUUGCCCAAACCAAAGCUUAGUUUCCCUUCUUGGUGAUCAAAGGGAAUCUGAGAAUAUUGCUAAUCCCAUGCAGACUUCCUCCAGUGUUCAGCAGCAAAAUGAUGCUCACUUGCACAGCUUCAGCAUGAUGCCCAGCAGCGCCUGUGAGGCCAUGGUGGGGCACGAGAUGGCCUCUGACUCUUCAAACACUUCACUGCCAUUCUCAAACAUGGGAAAUCCAAUGAACACCACACAGUUAGGGAAAUCACUUUUUCAGUGGCAAGUGGAGCAGGAAGAAAGCAAAUUGGCAAAUAUUUCCCAAGACCAGUUUCUUUCAAAGGAUGCAGAUGGUGACACGUUCCUUCAUAUUGCUGUUGCCCAAGGGAGAAGGGCACUUUCCUAUGUUCUUGCAAGAAAGAUGAAUGCACUUCACAUGCUGGAUAUUAAAGAGCACAAUGGACAGAGUGCCUUUCAGGUGGCAGUGGCUGCCAAUCAGCAUCUCAUUGUGCAGGAUCUGGUGAACAUCGGGGCACAGGUGAACACCACAGACUGCUGGGGAAGAACACCUCUGCAUGUCUGUGCUGAGAAGGGCCACUCCCAGGUGCUUCAGGCGAUUCAGAAGGGAGCAGUGGGAAGUAAUCAGUUUGUGGAUCUUGAGGCAACUAACUAUGAUGGCCUGACUCCCCUUCACUGUGCAGUCAUAGCCCACAAUGCUGUGGUCCAUGAACUCCAGAGAAAUCAACAGCCUCAUUCACCUGAAGUUCAGGAGCUUUUACUGAAGAAUAAGAGUCUGGUUGAUACCAUUAAGUGCCUAAUUCAAAUGGGAGCAGCGGUGGAAGCGAAGGAUCGCAAAAGUGGCCGCACAGCCCUGCAUUUGGCAGCUGAAGAAGCAAAUCUGGAACUCAUUCGCCUCUUUUUGGAGCUGCCCAGUUGCCUGUCUUUUGUGAAUGCAAAGGCUUACAAUGGCAACACUGCCCUCCAUGUUGCUGCCAGCCUGCAGUAUCGGUUGACACAAUUAGAUGCUGUCCGCCUGUUGAUGAGGAAGGGAGCAGACCCAAGUACUCGGAACUUGGAGAACGAACAGCCAGUGCAUUUGGUUCCCGAUGGCCCUGUGGGAGAACAGAUCCGACGUAUCCUGAAGGGAAAGUCCAUUCAGCAGAGAGCUCCACCGUAUUAGCUCCAUUAGCUUGGAGCCUGGCUAGCAACACUCACUGUCAGUUAGGCAGUCCUGAUGUAUCUGUACAUAGACCAUUUGCCUUAUAUUGGCAAAUGUAAGUUGUUUCUAUGAAACAAACAUAUUUAGUUCACUAUUAUAUAGUGGGUUAUAUUAAAAGAAAAGAAGAAAAAUAUCUAAUUUCUCUUGGCAGAUUUGCAUAUUUCAUACCCAGGUAUCUGGGAUCUAGACAUCUGAAUUUGAUCUCAAUGGUAACAUUGCCUUCAAUUAACAGUAGCUUUUGAGUAGGAAAGGACUUUGAUUUGUGGCACAAAACAUUAUUAAUAUAGCUAUUGACAGUUUCAAAGCAGGUAAAUUGUAAAUGUUUCUUUAAGAAAAAGCAUGUGAAAGGAAAAAGGUAAAUACAGCAUUGAGGCUUCAUUUGGCCUUAGUCCCUGGGAGUUACUGGCGUUGGACAGGCUUCAGUCAUUGGACUAGAUGAAAGGUGUCCAUGGUUAGAAUUUGAUCUUUGCAAACUGUAUAUAAUUGUUAUUUUUGUCCUUAAAAAUAUUGUACAUACUUGGUUGUUAACAUGGUCAUAUUUGAAAUGUAUAAGUCCAUAAAAUAGAAAAGAACAAGUGAAUUGUUGCUAUUUAAAAAAAUUUUACAAUUCUAAGGAGUUUUUAUUGUGUAAUCACUAAGUCUUUGUAGAUAAAGCAGAUGGGGAGUUACGGAGUUGUUCCUUUACUGGCUGAAAGAUAUAUUCGAAUUGUAAAGAUGCUUUUUCUCAUGCAUUGAAAUUAUACAUUAUUUGUAGGGAAUUGCAUAUAUUUUUUUUUUUUUUCCUCCCGAGACAGGGUCUUGCUCUGGCGCCCAGGCUGGAGUACAGUGGCAUGAUCUUGGCUCACCUCAGCCUUGACUUGGGCUCAAGUGAUCCUCCUACCUGAGCCUUCUGAGUAACUGGGACUACAGGUGUGCACUCCUCGCCUGGCUAAUUUUUUAUUUUUUGUAGAGGCAGGAUCUUGCCACCUUGCCCAGGCUGGUCUUGAACUCCUGAGCUCAUGCCAUCUGCCUGCCUUAGCCUGCCAAAAUGCUGGGAUUACAGGAGUGAGCCACCAUGCCCGGCUGGCAGUUGCAUGGAAGAGAACACCUCUUUAUGGCUUACCCACUAGAAUUUCUAAUUUAUGUGUUCUGUUGAAAUUUUUGUUUUUUUACCUUUAUUGAAACAACAAAGUCAAUAUUGAAACAUGUCUUCCUGUUUUCUGUUGUCAAAUGAUGAUAAUGUGCCAUGAUGUUUUAUAUAUAUCAUUCAGAAAAAGUUUUAUUUUUUAAUAACAUUCUAUUAACAUUAUUUUGCUUGCCGCUGGCAUGCCUGAGGAAUGUAUUUGGCUUUGAUUACACACUAAGUUUUUGUAAUAAAUUUGACUCAUUAAAAACCUUUUUUUUUUUAAAAAAAGAAAAUCUCAUUAGUGAACUUACCUUUGCAGCUGAGUACUUAAAUUCUUUUUAAAAAGAUACCCUUUGGAUUGAUCACAUUGUUUGACCCAGUAUGUCUUGUAGACACGUUAGUUAUAAUCACCUUGUAUCUCUAAAUAUGGUGUGAUAUGAACCAGUCCAUUCACAUUGGAAAAACUGAUGGUUUUAAAUAAACUAAUUCACUAAUA